AAUGAAAAGCAGCCAGAGUCCCUCAGAGGGAACGUGAAGCCAGCAGGACUCUGUUGUGUCUCUCCAUGGCCGAUUUGACAGGGGGAAACAUUUGUGGAACCACGGCCCCGCUCUGGGCUGCUGAAUGAGCCGGGUAGAAGCAUGACCACACCCCCUGUUACUCAGUGUGUGUCUAUUGGCUGUUGGGAAUGAUCUGCUGCCUGAAUGUGGCUACUGUCAAGGCUUUAUUCUAUUAAAACUCCCCAAACUGCUCCAUCCUCCCUGACACUUGUUGCUGCCUGCCUGCCUGUCUGCCUCCGCACCGUGCCGGGACAGGCCACCUGUCCUGAACCGCUUCAGCAAUUCCUUAGGGAUUACCCGCGGGUGAGUGAUGAACUCCAUCGACCCUCAGUCCCAUCACCAGCACCAGCACCAUCACCAUCACCAGCAGCAGCACACCUCCCCUACCGUCGGCUCUCUCCCACCCAAAGGCGCCCAGGAGGCCCCGGACAUGGCCGCCGUCUACUGCGACAACCUGAGCAGCAUGUACCACCAGCAGAGCCUGCAGGGCGCACAGAGACCCGCCGGAUACGGAAUCGGAGAUUACGCAUCGUCUCCGAACCCGUACCUGUGGCUCAACGGGCCGGGCGUCAACUCGUCCGCGUCUUACCUGCACGGCAACAACCCGACGUCGUUCAUCCCGCCCUCCUACGGCUCGCAACGGCAGUUCCUCACCAACUCACCUGGCUUCGGGGGGCCCGACCUGGGCUGGCUGUCCAUCGCCAGCCAGGAGGAGCUGCUGAAGCUGGUGCGGCCGCCCUACUCCUACUCCGCGCUCAUAGCCAUGGCCAUCCAGAACGCGCACGAGAAGAAGCUGACCCUGAGCCAGAUCUACCAGUACGUCGCAGACAACUUCCCGUUUUAUAAGAAGAGCAAGGCCGGCUGGCAGAACUCGAUCCGGCACAACCUGUCUCUGAACGACUGCUUCAAGAAAGUGCCGAGGGACGAGGACGAUCCAGGGAAAGGAAACUACUGGACGUUGGACCCAAACUGUGAGAAGAUGUUCGACAACGGAAACUUCCGCCGGAAAAGGAAAAGACGUUCAGAUCCGAGCAGCGCCGGGGCGCCAGCGGUGGCGGCGGCGGCGGGGGCCACGAAGGUGGAGGACGGCCGGCCCGCGGUGGGGGCCCCACCGAAACCUUCAGAAAGUCCUCCGCUGCUGGGGCCGCCCUCGCCGGAGAUGGACGCCAUGAGCGAGACCCACAAGGGUUCGUCGUCGGCUUCGCCGCCCGGGCUGGCCCCAGCCGCUCCUUGUUUUAAUAACUUUUACAGCAGCAUGUCCACGCUCAGCUCGGGGGCCCCCGGCCGCCAGGGGUCGCUGGGACUGGUCAACGAGCUGUCCAAUCGGAACAUAACGGCCCUGAGCCCGUACCACCUGAACCACGGCGGGCAGGACACGGGCCCUUCGGAGCACUGCGACGGCUUGGCUUUCAACCGGGGAGUGUACUACAACACGUUUGGCGGCGGGCAGGGGGGACAGUUCAACAGCCACUUCUACAACAGCUUCAGCGUCAACAGCCUCAUUUACCCCAGAGAGGGGACAGAGCUAUAGGACUCCAUUCUAACACCACAUCCCACUGUUUUUAGGGACCAGCCGAGAGGUCAGAGUGCAUGCUGGGUAGCGGCUUCAUGAACACGGCACUCCCUUCCACUCGCCGGUUCACAGACAGAUUAGAGUAUUUUAGGUGAACUUGAUUUAACUUGACAAGCACUCGAGACGGUGGAAACGCCAGCCGGAAAGUCCAACAAAAUAUGAGCACUUAUGUUUUUACUCUUUUUUUUUUAUUAUAUCCUACUUUGCUCUUAAUGCUAACAUAUACUUGCAAAGUAAGACAACCACUAAACACUUAUGCCUUUUGAUAUAUUUUAAAACAUCCAUUUUAGGUGUUUAUUUGGAGCAGUUUCAACAGAAAGUUUCUCUAUUGUUCUCCACUGUUUCAUGUUUAAAAAUGUAAAUGUACAUGUUUUUUUUUUUUUUUUGCCAGUUUUGCCAAAUCCAGCCUAUAUUUCUUUGCAGCGGCCAAAUUCUUCCAGUUGAUGACACGUGGGUUCAUUUUCAUAAUCAACUCAAAUUUGCCAAAGUUGCCUUUGUGAGACCGCCAUUACCUCAAAUCAACAAUCCUAUGAGAUGAAAGUGCCCUGAAUGAAGGGUUUAUCCGUCUAUUUAGUUUGCAAAUGCAGUAACGAUUGAUUGAAUAGAAAUAUGAUCCGAGACAGGGGCUUGCCUUAUUGUUUUAUACCCUCCACGUUGACUGAAACCACAGCACUAGGGCUCUUGUACAGACAUGUGGACUUUAUAAAUGUGUAUUUUUGUAAAUUAUA